GAUGUUUGCAGUUGCAGGCUCAGCCCUGCAGGCUCCGGAUCCCGUUCCAUGCCAUAUUUUAGAAGAUGUGAUAUGUCUGCCUCCAUCCUCAUCUUUUCCCCCGUCUCCCUAAUCCCAAAUCUAACGCGGAGCCGCCGUUCCCAGGCAGCAGGAGUGUCCCAACCCGGGGCCAUCCCCCCCGUGACCCGGGGCUGUCGCCGGAUGCCGAGGGACGAAGCGGCGACCGGGAGCAGGGAGGGGAGGAUGCUCGGAGCUGAGAGCCCAGCUGGUGGACAACAACGGCCUUGAAAAACAACCCGGGGCUACUACGGCACCGAGCGGGGCGAGCGGACGGAGCCCGGCACGGAACCAGCAGCAGCCGCGCAGCGAGAGCUUCAGCACCAUGGACAGCUCAGGUGCCUCAUCACCAGACAUGGAGUCCAGCUAUGGGGGAGGCUUGCUGGAUAUGGUGAAAGGAGGAGCAGGGAGACUCUUCAGCAAUUUGAAGGAUAACCUGAAGGAUACCCUGAAAGAUACAUCUUCAAAGGUCAUGCAGUCUGUUGCCAGUUACACCAAGGGAGAGUUAGACAUUUCCUACAUUACCUCAAGAAUCAUAGUGAUGUCUUUUCCAGCUGAAGGUGUUGAGCUGGGCUUCAGGAACCACAUUGAAGAUGUGAGGACAUUUCUGGAUUCCAGACACCCUGACCACUACACAGUCUUCAACUUGUCACCCAAGUACUAUCGUAGUGCCAAGUUCCACAACCGGGUCUCUGAAUGCAGCUGGCCCACCCGACAAGCCCCCAGCCUGCACAACCUCUAUGCUGUCUGUAAGAACAUGCACAACUGGCUACAGCAGAACCCCAAAAAUGUCUGUGUCAUCCACUGCAUGGAUGGCCGUGCAGCCUCAGCUGUCCUGGUCAGCGCCAUGUUCUGUUUCUGUCACCUCUUCUCUAACCCAGGCCCUGCUAUGCAGUUGCUGAACACCAAGAGACCUGGAAUUGUGCUGUGGCCAUCUCACAGGAGGUACAUAGGAUACAUUUGUGAUCUAAUAGCAGACAAGCCCAUCAUUCCUCACUGCAAACCCCUCACAAUCAAGUCAGUCACCCUCAGCCCAGUCCCCUGCUUCAACAAACAACGCAACGGGUGCAGACCCUUCUGUGACAUCCUCAGUGGAGAAACCAGGAUCCUGACCACUUCCCAGGAAUAUGAAAGGAUGAAGGAAUACCGUGUGCAAGAAGGGAAAGUCCUGAUUCCCCUGGGAGCCACUGUCCAUGGAGAUGUUGUUGUUUCUGUCUACCACAUGAGAUCAACCAUUGGGGGACGCCUUCAAGCAAAAAUGACCAACACACAAAUAUUCCAAAUUCAAUUUCAUACUGGAUUCAUAGCUCUGGGAACAACCACACUAAAAUUCACCAAACCUGAACUGGAUGCCUGUGACUCUCCAGACAAAUAUCCUCAGCUCUUUCAUGUUAUACUGGAGAUAGAAAUACAACCAACUGAUAGACAAACAGAAUUAACUCCCCCAUGGGAGAACUUCACCACGAAAGACAUCAAUCCAUCCAUUCUCUUCUCCUCUCAUCAGGAACACCAGGACACUCUUGCUUUGGCAGGUAAAGGUCCCACUGAUUCACCCCAGGAUAACCUCAGAAAUGUUGGCCAGAGUGCAUUCUUCUCAUCUCUCAGCUGGCAAGAUCAGAAAUCUGACAAAAGUAGCUCUCACCCCACCUCAGAGGAUCGAGCAGCGUUGGUGCAUGAGGAAAGCGAACAGUCAGAUGACGAACUCUUGUCCCUUUCCAGUCAGCACAGUAAUGCCAGCGGUGACAAACCUCAGGGGACACCAAAACACAGCAAAAAGCAGCAGGAGCCUCCGGCACCACCUCCACCUGAAGACGUGGACCUGCUGGGCCUGGAUGGCAGCCCCAUGAGCAAGAGUUUUCCCUCGCAGCCCACUGCUGCCCCCUCUAACUCUGACUUGCUGAAUGAUUUGUUUGGGGUCGGUGGGCCAAGCUCCCAAGGUGGACAACCUGCUGCUGAGGAGGUCUUCCAGGUUGGAGGACCUGGAUCUGUGCAGUCGACUCCUCGGCGCUCUGCAGCUUCAGCAUCCCCGUCCCCAUCCCCCAGGGUAGGAGAAGCAACUGCCUUUGAUCCAUUUGGAAGUAGCCCUAAGCAAACGGGUCCAGACCUCCUGGGUUCCUUUCUUGGUUCAUCAGCUGUCCCUGGUGAUCCUUUCCUUCAAGCAACAAGAAGUCCUUCACCAACUGUGCACAGUGAUCCCUUUCACAUGGCUUCCAGCACACCCACAGUUUCCAUCCAACCAGAUGUGUCCAGCAGUUGGGACUGGCCCAGCAAACCAGGUGGCCUUGGUAUGGGAAGCAAGUCAGCUGCCACCAGUCCUACAGGAUCCCUCCACAGCACUCCCACUCAUCAGCCUAAACCCCAAACAUUGGAUCCAUUUGCUGAUCUGGGGACUCUUGGAGCAAGUUUAGCAGGUGGCCCUUCGUUUGCCAGCAAACCCACCACGCCGACGGGCAUGGGUGGAGGGUUCCCUCCUUCCCCCCAGAAACCUUCUCCCCAGCCCAUGGGCAGCAGUGGUUGGCAGCAAGGAGCUGGGUACAGCUGGCAGCAGGCUCAGCCCAAGGCCCAACCUCAUGCCUCACCCCAGAACAAGCCCAACUACAACGUGAGCUUCUCAGCAGUGCCAGGAGCACAGAGCGACCGUGGGAAAGGAGCAGCUCCUGCUGAUUCAAAACCAAAAGUGUCUGCAGAUUUUGAAGAUCUAUUAUCUGGUCAAGGUUUUAAUGCUCACAAGGACAAGAAGGGUCCCAAAACAAUAGCUGAGAUGAGAAAAGAAGAAAUGGCAAAGGAGAUGGACCCUGAGAAACUAAAAAUCCUGGAAUGGAUUGAAGGGAAGGAAAGAAAUAUAAGAGCCCUGCUGUCCACAAUGCACACGGUUUUAUGGGCAGGGGAGACCAAGUGGAAACCUGUUAGCAUGGCAGAUCUUGUCACCCCAGAGCAAGUGAAGAAAGUCUAUCGGCGGGCAGUGCUUGUCGUCCACCCUGAUAAGGCUACUGGGCAGCCAUAUGAACAAUAUGCAAAGAUGAUAUUUAUGGAGCUAAAUGAUGCCUGGUCAGAAUUUGAAAACCAAGGACAAAAACCCUUGUAUUAGGUACUUUCUCAGUCUCUACUACAGACCUGUGCUAGUGCUUAUAUAGUCUCUUGUCACAAAUGUCACAGAUCAAGCAAACUCUGCCUGGAAAUUCAGAAGUUUCAGAAAACUGAGAGCCUAAUACUUCUCAUGAAGAACAAGAGAAAGGUUUCCUUAUACUUGGAUCAAGAAUCCUGAGCUCAGAGGAACUCUAACCACCUGGCUUGUCAAAGGAGAGCCAUGGGGUUAUGGUUUCUUGUACUUUUUAUAUUUUUUCUUUGGAUUGCAGUGGGGUGAGAGAGAACACAUUCUGGGGAAAAGGUGGAAUUGUUCUGUCUCCAACACAGUGUAACCACUGAAUUUCCUUCUUGUUUUUUCUUUGUUUUGUGAUAUGGCAACACUUGAGUUCAAGAACUGGUGGUAAAGCCCAAACUUCAGUGUACUUUCUCCUUGGGUUUGGAUCAAAGUCUAUCAGAUUAAAGUGCUCAGAUGUGGUUUAGGCACACUCCUAACAGUCACUGUUUGCUUUUUUAAUUAAUCAUAUGGUCUGCCUGACCAGAGAGAGAGCUGAGUGCUGGGUUAGAGCUGUGUGGGCAGCUGGCUGCUGCUGCUUCAUGCAUUAAUACUGUAGUUCACCUCCCAGCUCAGCAGUGAAAUGGGCAGGAGGUAUUCCUCAGUGUUACAGAGCAAGUAUUUAUUUUUUUUUUUAAAGCAAACAGCAAGUAAUUGAUGUUAAACAGCAACUUGUUGGUUUGUUCAACAGCAGUUCUGGGAAAAUAGGGAGUUGGGGGGGAGGAAGGGUGAAUCCCAUAUCUGUAGAAGUGAUGAGCAUGUACUGCAUUUCUCAUGAGUUUCUCAUCCAUAGCUUGAAACCACCAAAAGAAAAUAAAAAUUAAAAAAAAAAUCAACAAACCAAACCCCCACUGUAAAGUUUUAGAAACUUCCCAGUCUGUGGCUAACACUUCACCUCCUGAGGAUCUGGAAGACUUUUUCCACCUUGCUUGUGUCACCUUUAUGCCUUGAUCAGCUCCAGAGCACUUGGCAAAGGCUCUUGGCAGAACACAACCUGUUGUGACUUUGCUUUUCAGACCAUGGUGUGCACCUGUGGACCAGGUCUGAUUUUUUUUUUUUUGAGGUAAAUACAGUGCAAAUUGGUUAUCUUUAAAAGUUUAUAUUGGACCAAAGCAAUAAGACCCCCCCCUGGAAGUAUCUCUGAUGCUAAAGCUGAAGUGACUUUCCUACUUAGAAAGCAAGUUACACUCUUCACCCCAGAAUUCUGGUAUUCUCCUUUUGGUGAACAACUGAAGCUAGAAGUUUGUUUGCCAACAUGUUGUAUCUGUGUGGGAGCCCUGAGAGGGCAAAUGUCUGCAGAAGAUGGGACAGGAAAUAAGUUGUAUUAACUGCUUCAGGAAGAGGUUGCCAUCUGAUCUGAGUCUUUUCAAGCUGGUGGUUUUUAAAGACAAUCCACUUGUUGCACUUCACAUUUCCAAGUGGCAAACCUUUUACUGCAAAGACAGUGUGUCAAAGUCCAUUGCUUUCUGUAUAAAAGUCAUUCUUUUUGUUGUAUUGGUCCAUUAUUUAAUACCAUGAACUGAAAAUGUGAAACCAACACCUAGGUCUCCUUUUAUAGAAAAAGACCUUAUGGUAAUUAUAACAAACUGGAUGUUAUUUAUUAAUGUUUUGAUCCAGUAUGUGCUUGUCUUAUCUAAAGAGAUAACUGGAAUGUGAAUCAUGUUCCUGUGAUUUGUUGGUUUAUUGUUUCUCCCUCACAUUUGUAGAUAUUGUGACCUAUGCCUAUGUAAUAAAAAGGAUCUCAUUACUAUAAUGUUCUUUUUUUUAAUAAUGAAAACUACAUUAGCUUAUUUGUCAUGGCACCAUAACUCUGGGUACUCAAACACUCACAAACCACAAAUCCAUCAUUAAACUUUACCUACCAAAAGAAACCCUACCCCUCUUAAGCUUUGAUUACUUCCAUCCCUAAUGUUUUUAUGGAUGCAUGAAAGUAUUAGGAUGUAUGUAUAUCAAAAUAGUCUAAAAAAAAAAAAAAAAUCUUGUCAUAUCUGGUAGUGACAGAGGUUAUCAAUGUUCAGGUUUACUGCUUGACUAAAUUAUUGUAAUUUUUGUAAAUACAGUAUAUACUCAAUGAAACUGUGACUGGUCUAAAACAUUUGUAUAUACAUUAAAAAGCUCAAAUUAACU